AUGGAGUCUUACGCAUGCACAGGUGAGAAUACAGCGGAGCCCGUGGGAGAGGAGUUUUCAGAUUUGUCGAAACCGUACGCUAGCGACCCAGAGAAAGCUCCUGCAAAGACUUCUGUCCAAGCAAGAGGCGAGACAGCGGCAGGACCAGGGGACACAAAGGAUGAGAGCUUGACAGAUCCGAAAUGUCUCAAGAACUUUUUGCGCGAGGCCGACAUCCGACUGGUGCGCCUAGAGUACCUUUACAAGCUUGCGGAGGCCGGUCGGGUCUGGCCACGACGACAAGAGGCAGACGGAGAAGAGUUCGAGGAUUUCGAUGGCAAGAUCCGUACGGCACUAGUGACGAUGGAGGAAAUCCGGAAUCCGAGGUUGCGAUUCGGAGAGGGGGGGGGAGACCGAAUCAUCCUGUCUGUGUCGCACACAUGGGAGUCCCAGCAACAUCCCGACCCAUGGGGCUGGCAACUCCAGAGUCUCUUGCAGCAUCUGCAGAGUAGCAGUACUGUUCUUGCGCUCAGUCCUGCAACACUGCUGUUUUUACGGCGUGAAUGCAAUACUGAGUUCUGGGUAUUCAUUGACUUUAUGUGCUUGCCUCAGUACAAGCGCAGUGAGGAGGAACAGCAAUUCUUCAAGAGGGCCAUGAGGUCCAUGCAUUUGCUUUACGCGCACGAGUACAUCGGUCGUGUGAUUCGCUUGGAGGAGCUGACGCCUGAAAGCCAGAAGUCGACGUCUGGCUCCAUCAGCAUAUAUUGUGAAAACACUGGCAGGUUCGAGCCGCGGCCAUAUGGUGAGUUGGUCCUAAACGGCACGCUGUACUCCAUGCGAGGGUGGUGUAUUGCCGAAGUUCAAUGGAUGAGCUGCCAGGAGGUGUUUGAUGGCUUUUCCCCAAUGGUUCCGGCAAUUUUUCAGGAGCGGGUGGCGCGAGGCGAGCAGGGACUUGCGGACGGUCUGGUGUUGAAGUUUACUCACCAUUCCGAUGCCGAGCUUGUGUCUCAAUUGCAGGAGCUUGUUUUCCUGGAGCAUGCAAGGAAGCGAACAAAGCUCACGGCGUCGAACCUGCCCCAGCAAGAGAUAGUGAUCUUGGGCAGCGCCCUGCCGCAUUUCGUGAAUCUAACACAUCUCAGCCUCAUCAACUCUUCACAAAGGUUUGGAGCUAGCAUUGUCGAACUUGCACAUGUUCUUGAACUCCUUCGUCCGGAGAAGCUCGUCAGACUGGAAGUGCGUGGUGAUGGGCUUAUGGAUGCGGGUGCUACAGCAAUUGCUACUGCAAUUGUGAAUUGCGAGAAGCUGUCAGCGAUUUCGAUCGAGAGUGACGAUAUCGGAGAUGCUGGCGCAGAAGCCCUUGCCGCAGCAGUCGUGGAAUGCAAGAACUUGACCAAUUUCGAGCUCUUCAAAUCUUACCGGGUCGGAGAUGCUGGACUUGCAGCGCUGGCAGCAGCCAGCUUCGCAGUACAGUGGCGGAAUGAAGCGCUGAGACCUCAGACCGGGCAGUGGUGUUUCUUUUACGUAGAUGGCCGGCUCUUCCUGGACGAGCCCAGUGCAGCUGUGGACGCUGGUGCCAAGCGGCACCUGUGGAAGGUGAUCCGUAUGCGCUCGCGUGACCAAACAGUGGUCUUGACGACCCACUCCAUGGAGGAGGCAGAAGUGGUCCGUGGUCAACUUCGAUGCUUGGGCACGCCGCUGCACAUCAAGGGAAAAUACGGCUCCGGGUAUCAGCUGGAGCUCUUCUGCGAUCCUCCCGCAGAUGAGUUUAGCCACGAAUUCUGGGCUGCGAAAGCACAGGAGCUCAGGCGAUUCGUCAGGCGCCACUUGUCGCCCAAAGGUUCGCUCCUUGAGCAUCACGCCGGGAGGUGGGGCACUCGUAGUUCGGGGGGCCGGGGGUGUAAGUCAUGCAGCGCAGGGGGGCUACGGCAGAUUGUGGGAAAAGCCCAUCCCAUGUCCAGGUGGCUUUGUCUUGCGAUUCCUUAUUCGCGAGUUAAUUGCCGCCUGAGUUUGUCGAGCUGUCAGAACCCCUUCAACCUUGAACCCCUAAACCCGAAGCCCUAA